AUGGUCGGCAACACCGCAGGCGACGACAUCAACGUGGCGGGCGAGCUUUUCGAGAGCGCGCAGCUCAUCUACAUCUACAUGUUGGCCGUGGGCACCGUGUUCUCGCUGAUCGGUUUCGGCAUCGCCUACCACAACUAUUGUGCGGCCGCCUUUGGGGUGAUGCGCCCGCUCUACCGCAUCAACGAGAAGCUGACGAUCGGCGAGAAGGUGAUCGUCCUGAAGACGUUCCCCACCGACACGCUUCAGCGCCUCCAAGUCCCGAACAUCGAGCAGAAG